AAGAGAAAGCAGCCAGUGACCGCGUCGUCGCGAGAGAGUGUAGGGACAAGCGCACGCGGCGCGGAUUUUUUUUAGAAACUUUUCUCGUGUGGGACGGACGUUGGGUGGGCAAGUCGUCCACGCGAUCGACACACCGGAUCGAGUCGACGACGCGUUAUAUCGGUGCCCACUAACAUGGAAGGCAACUCGGAGAUCGCGGAGUUUUUUACAGACAAGUGCGUCUUCCUCACUGGGAUCACUGGAUUUCUCGGGAAGGUGGUGCUGGAGAAGCUGCUGCGGUCAUGUCCCGACAUCGGCAACAUCUACGUUCUGGUGCGUGAGAAGAAGGGUCUAAAGAGCAAGGACCGACUCAACCAGAUCCUCAAUGAGAAGCUGUUCUCCAACCUGCAAUGUGAACGGCCCGAGAUAUUCAACAAAGUGGUGGUUGUGCCGGGAGAUCUGCACGAACCGGACAUGGGAAUCUCCAACGAGGAUCGAGAACGCAUCAUACGAGACGUGUCCGUCGUCAUACACGGCGCCGCCUCGGUGCGCUUUGACGAGCCACUCAGGGUUGCUGUCAACGCGAACGUGAGAGCGACCAAGCGAGUCAUCGACCUUUGUCACGAGCUCCAAAACCUGAAGGUAUACGUCCACGUGUCGACGACCUACUGCCACUGCCAUCAAAGGGAGCUCAGAGAGGUGGUCUCGCCCACAUUAAUAAGCCCGUCGAACCUGCUAAACAUCUCAGAGUGGAUGGACGACUCCAUGCUGGAAGCGCUGGAGCCUAAGCUGUACGAGGGUCGCCCAAACUCGUACACGUUCACCAAAGCGGUGGCGGAGAUGCUGGUUCAAGAGCACGCUGGCUCGCUGCCUACCGUCAUCGUCAGGCCCUCCAUCAUCACAGGCACGGCCAAAGAACCAUUCGCGGGAUGGGUAGACAACUACAAUGGUCCCACGGGGCUCCUGAUCGCUCUGGCCAAGGGUGUGCUAACAUCUGUCUACGGAGACAUCAACAAAGUCACCGACCUUAUUCCGGUGGACAUGGUCGCCAACUGCGUCAUUGCAGCAGCUUGGCACAGAGGCUCUGGACGGAGCCAAAAGAUGACAGUGUACAAUAUGAGCUCCGGUGCCGACAACCCGUUGACGUGGCAUUACUUCAUGGAGUGCGUGCAGAAGAUGCCCUACAAGAUCCCAUCCAAGGUGACCUUCCGCUACCCGCAGCCUCGCCACACCAACAGCAAGACGCUGCACAGGAUGCGCAUGUUCUUCCAGCACUACCUCCUCGCCCAGGCCGGAGACAUGGCCCUGUGGGUCGUCGGCAAGAAGCCCGUGCUGUCAAGGCUAUACGAGAAGGUUGAGAACCACCUCGACAUGAUGGAGUUCUUCAGCACCAAAGAGUGGUACUUCUACAAUGAAAACGUCAGAGCCCUCUACAGUGAACUCAACGCCACAGACAAGGACGUCUUCAACUUUGAUGUGAAGACAAUCGAGUGGAAGCCUUAUCUUCUGUCCUACUGCUUCGGAAUCCGGGAAUACGUGCUGAAGGAGGACAUAUCCACCAUCAAGGAAGGAAAGCGACAGCUGGCAAGGCUGUACGUUGUGAGCAAAGUGAGCAACCUGCUUAUCAUGCUGGGCGCCUGGAGAGUGCUCAAGAUGAUCUCCCUGGAUCCCGUCGACAUGGUCUACACCUUCAGCAACUACAUACAAGAGCUCGUGGACGCCUUCUGAGCCACUGCGACGGCUUCAAAAUACUUCUCGACCUUUUUCUUUUUAAUUUUUUGUUCCUUGGCGUGAGAAAGAUCAAACACUUUAUUUUACACACGCGCAACUUGACAGAGAUUAUUUUUCAGGGUUCAGAAAAAAGAAUAACAAGCAUAAUGGAGCUGCUCGAUUCUGUGAGCUUGAAAGGGACACUAAAGAGAGAAACGAUUUUUCUCGUAUUAGUAAAUUACUCUUUCACAAUACCAAAAUUACCACUCUUGCCGCGAGAAAACGUUUGGCAAGUGAGAAAACGACAAAAAAAAAAAGCGGGUGGUGACGCCACCUUGAAAUUUCCGCACCAAUCCCCGUGACGUCAUAGAUUUUGACGGCGUCCACUAUAGGGCCUAGGUAGUACCUAAUCGGCAAAAAUGAAGUAGACCGCCCUCUGAGGGAGCCAGAAACUUAACAUACCAAGCUUCUGAAAAUGUCGCCAAAAUACGAGAAACACACUUUGAAAUCCGUGACGUCACGCGCGGAGAUAUCGGCGCGAAAUUACAAAAUAAAACUUUGACCUUGAUUUCCUCCUCUUUGAAUAAGCCUAUGAUGGUGAAAUUAGCGUCAUUAGAGUUCUCAGAGUACACUUCAUCAAUCUAAACCGAUUGAUCGUUUCACUUUAGUGUCCCUUUAAGAUACCGGCCUCUGUAAUUCCGGUGGUCGCGCUGUUUCCUCAGACCCGUGUGUUUCCGAACGAACUUGUUCUGGCGCUGCAGCAGUAGCCGUAUGUGCGAAACCAGAAAAUUCCUUAAUGCCAAAGUUGUUAAAAAAUAAUGUAGCAGCCAUAUACGUGCACAGGGUGAUAAUGAAAAUAAAGCGAUGAUGUGCUUCGCACAGCGGUCUGCCUCUGGUACCCGGCUGUCCGGGCGCAAAAAUUGGAAGUCAACAGCUCUUGGAAUGCAACAUCAGUGGUCCUCGGUCGCCAUUGUCGUCAGAAACCUGCAUGGCCAUAACCGUACACAUUAAAUAUGACGAUGGAGGUCCGACUGAGUAAACAUAUAGGGCAGACGUGCCCCCCCGCCUCGUGCUCACGCCUAUGGUAGUAGCCGUUUGAUUGAAUGUCUAAACUUGCAGCCAAUAGCGUUGUGUUUCCAUGCCACCAUGGGAUUUAGCCUUAGCAGCUUCCACGUUUCCGAAUCGGGCACUUGUGUCAAUGUUAGACGAUCAAGUCGACAGAGUUUUAGUGCGACACCUAGUAAAAACGAAUGCUAGCAGACGUUUUCGCUGACAGCAGCACUGCUGGUGUCAUCUUGUGACGCUGUGAUAAACUUUAGUACAUGUUGGAAGUGCUUUAUACGUCGCACACUUCUCUCAGAGAGAGACAACUUUAAUACAAGGCCCCCUGGUUACUGUGGGUGGAGGCCUUCGUCCAGAGAAAGAACACAUUAAAAGGAAUCGCACGCACUCAUAUGUCACACGGCAAACAUUGAAAUUAUUUUCGUCUUUCAGUAUUCUCUGUUUCGAUUUCAUUGUCAUAUAAAUGUAGGAACAUCUUGGCUAACAGCGCGAAAAACACCGACGAAGACGAGAAGUGGACAUGGCACCUUUCUUCUUCUGUGUUUUUCGCGCUGUUAGCCAAAACCAAUCUGCACCAACUCGCCCAGUAUUCCAUCCAACUUAAAUGUACGAACCAAGUCGGGGACUGCGUUGAGAACAGUAUUUUUGAAACAGUCAUGCUCGGGCGCUUUGUACUCCACUUUGGCUAGACUAUUCCAGGUGCCUUGAUAGUUGGAUGAUAAUUUACUCGAAUUGUUUAGCCCCUUUACUUUUUCUCACGCGCUGCAGUCUGAAGCUGCCAUCACAAAGCAGUGCGCCCAGGUACAUGUAAUGCAUAUUUAUGGAUUUCACACAGCAACAAUGUGUGUCUGCGACUUCCUCCAUUUAAUAAGAACGCUUGCGACACCAGUAGGAGUGCUAUAGUGCACAAGUGUGCGAGAAGAAUUGUGACUUUUUUUUAUACUCGCUGAGGCCACCAUUGUACAUACCAUGUAAAUGCAUACUUUAUGUUGAAUAAACAGUACUCACACCCGUGCAUGGCGCA